AUGGCUGAAGCAUCUAGUUUAUUUGGGAAGCUUGAAUCAGACGUGGAGAUCAAAGCUUCGGCUGAACAGUUCCAUCACAUGUUCGCCGCUAGACCACACCAUGUCUCCAAAGCAACUCCUGACAAUGUUCAGGGAGUUGAUCUUCACGAAGGAGAAUGGGGCAAAGUCGGCUCCAUCGUUAUCUUUCGCUACGUUCAUGGCAAAGUGGCAAAAGACAGGAUCGAGGCUGUGGAGCCGGAGAAGAACUUGAUCGCGUUCAGGGUCAUAGAAGGCGAUCUUUUGAAAGAGUACAAGAGCUUUGCGUUCACAAUCCAGGCGACUCCUAAGAAUGAAGGAUCUGGAAGUAUUGUGCACUGGCACUUUGAGUACGAGAAAAUUAGCGAGGACAUUGCUCAUCCCGAGACUCUUCUCCAGUUAUGUAUCGACAUGUCCAAAGAUAUUGACGACCAUCUCUUGGCCGAGGAAUAG